GGCAAAUUGGGCCCAAAACCCUAAUGCUACGGAAGCCGAAACCCUACAAGUGAAGGAGCCGAAACCAGAUAUAUAGUUUCUUCGCGUCUAUUUUCUGUGUAGCCGAUAUAUCUUUCCCGGGGCUGUAGAACUUCAUCCGUAUAGCAAUGGCGCCGAAGAAGGAAAAGGCUCCUCCACCGUCAUCAAAGCCCGCUAAGUCCGGGGGAGGCAAGCAAAAGAAGAAGAAAUGGAGCAAGGGUAAGCAAAAGGAGAAGGUUAACAACAUGGUUCUCUUCGACCAGGCAACUUAUGACAAGCUUUUGAGUGAAGCUCCCAAAUACAAGCUUAUCACUCCAUCGAUCUUGUCUGAUAGGUUGAGGAUUAAUGGAUCGCUAGCUCGCAGAGCAAUCAAGGAUUUGAUGGCGAGGGGUUUGAUUAGGAUGAUUUCCGCUCAUUCCAGUCAACAGAUCUACACCAGGGCCACCAACACCUAAUUUGCAGAAACAUCACCUCUAGAUGAGAUGAAAAGCUAGUUCCAACUUUCUACUUUUGUUCUGUUUUCGUAUCUUGAGGAAAUAUUUCAGUUUUAUUAUCGUGUACUGAAUGUUUAGGUUUUUUCUGGGUAUUGCUUUUGAUCAUUUAGUUUAUUCCAUACUUUCCCAAUUUUGGAGGAGCUGACAAUUGUUAUCCUAUUGUUAAGAGAGUAUCUCCUCAUUAUUUUGAUAUAAAAGCUGGAAAAACAAAUUUUAAGAAAA